AUGGACACGAUCAACUCUUCUGAUUACCAGGUCAAUGUCUCUAUAUUAGUAAGAAACAGCACUCACUUACCAGCUCUUGCCCCCAAAAUGAUCAUUGUCAUUCUUUUGUUCACAUCAUCCAUAAUUGGUAUUAUUACCAAUGGUCUCUAUCUAUGGAUACUAAAAUUCAAGAUGAAAAAGACUGUCAGUACUCUUUUCUAUUUUCAUUUCAUUCUCUCACAUUUUAUCGCAACUUUGAUUGUGCCGCUGAUAACCAUCCCCUUCCUUCAGAACAAUCACUGGAGCUUUGGAACUGCCAUGUGCAAGGUCUUCAACAGCACUUUGCAUACAGGAUUAUCCGCCUCUGUUUUCUUCCUCUCGGCCAUCAGUGUUGAUCGUUACAUUCUCACUUUUCACCCGGUAUGGUCACAGCUGCACCGAACCCCACGCUGGGCUUCCGGCAUCAUUCUGGGAGUCUGGAUCUCUGCGGCUGCCCUCAGCAUGCCCCAUUUGGUUUUCAAGGAGACACAUGAUGACUACCAAGGAAGGGUGACCUGCCAAGAUAACUAUGCCUUAUCUACUGACUGGGAAAGCAAAAAGAUGCAAACAUUAAGGAAAUGGAUUCAUGUAGCCUGUUUCACCAGCAAGUUUUUGUUCAGUUUCCUUCUGCCUUUCUUCAUCAUCACCUUCUGUUAUGUAAAAGUAGCCAACAAGAUGAAGAAGAGGAACCUAUUUAAAUCCAACAAGCCCUUCAAAGUCAUUAAGACUGCCAUUAUCUCUUUCUUUGUGUGUUGGGUACCCUACCAUGUAUACCGGGGCUUACUUCUCUCUGACAACAAAUCUUUACUUUUACAGUUGACUAUGGUAGUUGCAGUGAUGACCACUUCUUUUAAUAUUGUCUUUUCUCCCACACUUUACCUAUUUGUUGGAGAGAAUUUCAAAAAAGUUAUUAAAAAGUCGAUUCUUGCUCUGUUUGAGUCAACAUUCAGUGAAGAUUUUUCUCUAGAAAGGACACAAAACCUAAAUUUACAAGCCUACAUUUAA